AUGAGUGUUUACAUAUCACCGAAUAGAAGUUUCCGGGUUUUGCGCUUUCUUGGUACUCAUUUGCGCAUUUGGCCCGAUGAUAAUAAAAAGUGGAACUUUAAAACAGAUGUUUUCUUUUGGUUUUGUGUAAUUAAUUAUGUAUUGUUAUUGCUGCCGUUGUUCAAUGCUUUGUACUUAAAUCGAAAGAACGUCGUAGCAGCAUCUAAUACAUGGAUCGAAGUAAGCGGUUAUGCGGAAGUGUUAGCUGCAUUUAUUUAUAGUAAAUAUAAAAGAGUUCAGUUAUACGUGCUAUUGUGUGAAGCAGAAAAAUACUUGCUUUUCAAAAAAGUAACAAUAAUAAAGAAGUAUGCAAAUACUUAUGCUAAAAUUUUUUUAUUAGUUAUCGUAUUUUAUCUAUUUACUGUUUUUGUGUAUUGGUCAAUCGAAAAACCAAUCACUGGAUACGAACAUUUAAUAACCACCGCUGUCUAUCCUUUUAAUAUUAGGUCUCAUCCAAUUAAAGGACUGAUUUACUGUAAUCAAACCUUUAAUUUAGUGUACUCAUCCAUUCUUCCAGUUUUCGAUGGAAUUUCCGUUUUAUUAAUAUUCAACUGUACCCAUCGACUAAAAAUUUUGGAACACAAAUUCAAACUUGCAAAAACUUCAUCAGAUCUAUCAGAAUGUGUACGUGAGCACGAUGAUGUUUCACGAACAAUAAAAGAAACGAAUAGCAUAGUACGCUUUUUAGUAUUCAAAACCGUAUGUUCCUUUACGUCGAAUGUUAUACCAGGUGGCCUGCAAAUUUUGAAUAAUGUAGCGUUAUCACAGAGUAUCUGCCAAGUUUGUAUCAUACUACUUGUUUACUCAAGAAUUGUUUUAUGUGCUGAAUGUGCAGGUAACAUGACUGACGCGGGGGAAGAUUUAUUAUUCACUGUCUAUUCAACUUUAUGGUACAAUGAGGAGCCUAAAAUAGUAUCGAUGAAAAUUUUCAUUAUUCAGAAGUGUCAAAAUAUUCCUGCGAUACAUAUAAAAGGUAUAAUGUCAGGUCUUGGUAGAAAAUACUUAUUGACGAUAAUGUAUUCCACUUUUUCCUAUUUAACAACAUUGCGAACAGUUACGAGUGAUGAAAAGUCGUAA